AUGGCUUCAAAUAAACGUCAUUUGGAUACUCAACGCCCGACUUCGAGUAAACAGCCUCGAAUCAACGUGACUGAUCAACAGUUUGAGAGUUUGGUCAUGGAAACCCUUGCCUUUUCGGAGUCUGAUGAUUCUUCAGCUGAUGAGGAUGACAUCCUGCCACAGGAGGCUGAAGUAGACUCCUCAUCGGAUAGCGAUGACAAUAUCCCCUUAGCAGAACUACAGAGUGAAACGGGUAUAGAAGAAGCCGUUCCUUACUCAGACUCUGAUGAACCUACGACAUCACAGGAAUCCACAAGAAAAUAUUAUUACGGAAAACGAAGAUGUAUGAAGUGGGCAAAAGACCCUCCGUCUAGAAAUCGGCGUACUCCCGCUCAUAACAUCGUAAUACCAAUGGCUAGUGUGAACGUCCUGGCAGAAAGUGAACCAGUAAGUUUAUUCAAUUUGUUUCUUAGUCCAAAUAUAAAGAACAAAAUUAUACUCCACACAAACGAAAGACUCGAGAUAUUGAGGCAGAAAUACAAAAGGACAAACAAACCUGAAUUGAGAGAUAUAGAUGAGAUUGAAUUUGAUGCUUUUUUAGGUAUGUUGUUGUUCAGUGCAGCUUUCAAAUCAAAUGAUGAAGAUGUGAAUGCCAUAUUUGCAACUGAUGGUACAGGAAGAGACAUUUUUAGAGCAGUAAUGUCUAAGGAUAGAUUUCAAAUGAUUUUGAUCGCUCUUCGGUUCGAUGACUUUUCAACUAGAGAUGAAAGAAAAUUGGCUAACGUAGCUGCUGCUGUAUCCGAAAUAUUUGAAAUAUUCGUUUCCAACUGUCAAAAAUAUUAUAGGUUGGGUGAUAAUACAACAAUUGACGAAAUGCUUGUAUCAUUUAGAGGACGUUGUCGUUGGAAGAAAUAUAUGCCAAACAAACCAUGCAAGUACGGGUUAGAGAUAAAAUGUUUGACUGACGGAAGAACAGGAUAUUUGUAUAAUGCUUACUUAUAUACUGGAAUGAACAGUGAUGGCUUGGGUCUCUCUGAAACGGAAAAGAAAUUGCUUUUACCGAGUCAAUGUGUUGUGCGUUUGUCGAAACCGAUCCAGAAUACCAAUCGUAACAUUACUGCAGAUAACUAUUUCUCAUCUAUUGAGAUUUGUUGUGAACUGAAAAAAGUCGGGCUUACUUACGUGGGUACUGUAAAAAAAAACAAACGAGAAAUCCCGUUAGAGUUUCUCCAAAAGAAUCGCACUGUCAAGUCAACUAUGUACGGCUUUACUAAGGACAUAACUUUACUGUCGUAUGUACCUAAAAGAAAUAAAACAGUAAUCAUGGUGUCUACUAUGCAUCAUGAUCAGGCCAUGGAUGUUCAAAAAUAA